CCGAGACGGGGUUAGCAUUACCAAGGAGCCGCCCGCUUCAGACGGGCAAGUGCCGCAGAUGUUGGCCACUGUUGUUCGCUCGCGUUCAAAGUAGGAUGCAGUCGUGUUGCUAUUUUCUCUCGAUUCUCCGGAAUCUUGAAUUCUGAGAGCAAGGUUGAGGUAGCGGAGAAGCUCUGGUUACUGUGGUAACUGCGUGACGCCGGUUUCGGACUUUGCCAGUUAGGUAUGAGUAAUUUCAGUGAUGAAUUGACGAGCCCCGUGGCAGAGGCCAAAGGAGUGGAAACUUCAGUGCUCUCUGGUACAGGGAUAUAUAUUCCAUGGCUCCAAAAGCAGAUGGACAUGGUGGUGACUGGAGGCAAAAAGAAGAAGGAUUUUGCUCAGACGACAAGUGCAUGUUUAGCUUUGAUUCAAGAAGCUCUGCUGAAGCACCAGUGGCAGAAAGCGGCAGAAUAUAUGCAUAGUUAUUUUCAGACCUUGGAAGAUACAGAUACCAACAAAAGGCAGGCUGCCCCUGAGAUUAUUUGGAGGCUUGGCAGUGAGAUUCUAUACUAUCAUCCCAAGAGCAACUUGGAGACUUUCGGCACCUUUGCGGACAGAAUGAAAAAUAUUGGUGUCAUGAAUUACUUAAAGAUCUCCUUACAACAUGCAUUGUACCUGCUACAUCAUGGAAUGCUUGAGGAUGCGAACAGAAAUCUAAGCCAGGCAGAGACAUGGAGAUACGGUGAAAAGUCAUCUUCCCAGGAAAUCUUAAUCAACCUUAUUCAGGCCUAUAAAGGACUUUUGCAGUAUUACACUUGGUCUAAGCAGAAGAUGGAAUUAUAUAAGCUUGAUGAGGAUGAUUAUGCAUAUAGCACUGCAACCCAGAAUAUGCUCAGCCAGAGCUGGAAGACAUCUGUAAAUCUUUCUGCAUUGAUUAAGAUUCCUGGGGUUUGGGACCCUUUUGUGAAAAGUUAUGUAGAGAUGCUGGAGUUCCACGGGGAUCACGAUGGAGCCCGGGAGAUCCUCACCAAUUACGCAUAUGAUGAGAAGUUCCCAACAAACCCGAAUGCCCAUAUCUACCUGUACAGCUUUCUAAAAAGGGAGAAGGCACCCAGAGAGAAACUGAUCAGUGUGCUUAAGAUUUUGUAUCAGAUUGUACCAUCUCAUCAAUUGAUGUUAGAGUUCCAUAAAAUUCUUAAAAGUUCAGAUAAAGAAGAACACCGUAAACUGGGACUAGAGGUGUUAUUUGCAAUAUUGGAUUUUUCUGGGUGCACGAAAAAUAUAACUGCAUGGAGAUAUUUGGCAAAAUAUCUGAAAGAGACCUUAAUGGGACAUCAUCUGGCUUGGGUUCAAGAAGAGUGGAACUCCAGGAAAAGUUGGUGGCCAAACUUUCACUUCAGCUACUUUUGGGCAAAAAGUGAUUGGAUGGAAGACAAGGCGUUGGCUUGUGAGAAAGCUUUGGUAGCUGGCAUAUUAUUAGGAAAAGGUUGUAGAUAUUUUCGCUAUGUUUCAAAGCAAGGUCAUCAAGUCUUAAGGAAGAAAAUUAAGCAGAUGAACAAAUCAGUGAAAAGAUAUAGUAUUGUAAAUCCAGGACUUUGAUGUUAAAUUCAAAUUUUUAUUUACAUUGCCUUGAACAGUGUGAUAACUUGAUCAUUAUGAGUGUGUUCAUAUAUUCAGUUUAAAAAGUGCAAUUUUUCUCUGAACUUGUUGAAGUUCCUUGUAUAUUCUAACAAUUUCACAGAGAAAUUGGAUAUAUUUAACCUGGAACUAUAAUGAAAUUAAUGUUUCAUAUGUGAAAGAUGGUUUUAUAAGAUAGCUUAUAUGACUCCUAAAAAGUUAUUUUUUUAAUCUUUUUGUAUUCCUUUUGCUAUCAGUUUUAGUUACAGCACUAGUUUGCCGACUUUAUUCUUUGUAAAUAUAUACAUACACACAAAUUUAUUUUUGUACUGUUAAAUAUAACA